GCUGGCAGGUGGUUGUUGCAGAGUCUUUUGAUGACAUCGUCAAUGAUCCAGACAAAGACGUUCUGAUCCAGUUUUACUCUCCAUCCUGUCCACACUGCAAGAAACUGGAGCCGGUCUAUAGAGAGCUGGCUGACACCCUGUACUAUGACCCUCACAUCGUGGUCAGUAAGAUGAACGCAGCCGAUAACGACGUCCCGCUGGGUUACGACGUCCGCGGGUAUCCCACCAUUUAUUUCGCUCCAGCCGGUAAAAAGGACGAGCCCAUAAGAUACGAGGGGGGUCGAGAGCUGAAAGACUUCCUGAAGUUUCUGAAGCGUGAGGCGAGCCACGGUCUGGUCUCCGGCGGCUCGAAAGACGAGCUCUGACGCAUUUCCAUCCAACAAACAGGACUGACUACAGGGACGCACACCAACUGGUCUCAAGUACUGAUCCUGCUGACGGACCUGGACCUGAAUCUGGACUUGAGACAGGAAAUGAUUUCUCAUUUACCAGAAAAACACCCAUCCACUAUGAUGUCAUACAUGACAUCACCAGGCUGCCUGCUGAGUCACUAGAAAAUAGGCUUUUAUAUAUAUUUACACGUUUUGGAGGCUGUUGAAAGGCCCUCUGGGAAAUGCAGUAAUAGAGAGCAGCUGAUGUGAAUAUUUGAGGCUGACGACAAUAAUAAUAAAUUAGCUGAUAUUCAGUUUUUAACAAAUACAAGAAUCCCUUAAUGUGGUUAGAUUUGUUCUGGACACUACGCCGUACCCUACGCCGUACCCUACGCCGUACCCUACGCCGUACCCUACGCCGUACCCUAAGCCGUACCCUAAGCCGUACCCUACGCCGUACCCUACGCCGUACCCUACGCCGUACCCUACGCCGUACCCUACACUGUAUCCCACACUGUACCCUAAGCUGUACCCUACACCUUACCCUACACUGUAUCCCACACUGUACCCUAAGCUGUACCCUACGCCGUACCCUACACUGUAUCCCACACUGUACCCUAAGCUGUACCCUACACCUUACCCUACACUGUAUCCCACACUGUACCCUAAGCUGUACCCUACGCCGUACCCUACACUGUAUCCCACACUGUACCCUAAGCUGUACCCUACACCUUACCCUACACUGUAUCCCACACUGUACCCUAAGCUGUACCCUACGCCGUACCCUACACUGUAUCCCACACUGUACCCUAAGCUGUACCCUACACCUUACCCUACACUGUAUCCCACACUGUACCCUAAGCUGUACCCUACGCCGUACCCUACACUGUAUCCCACACUGUACCCUAAGCUGUACCCUACACCUUACCCUACACUGUAUCCCACACUGUACCCUAAGCUGUACCCUACGCCGUACCCUACACUGUAUCCCACACUGUACCCUAAGCUGUACCCUACACCUUACCCUACACUGUAUCCCACACUGUACCCUAAGCUGUACCCUACGCCGUACCCUACACUGUAUCCCACACUGUACCCUAAGCUGUACCCUACACCUUACCCUACACUGUAUCCCACACUGUACCCUAAGCUGUACCCUACGCCGUACCCUACACUGUAUCCCACACUGUACCCUAAGCUGUACCCUACACCUUACCCUACACUGUAUCCCACACUGUACCCUAAGCUGUACCCUACGCCGUACCCUACGCCGUACCCUACACUCUACCCUACACUGUAUCCCACACUGUACCCUACGCCGUACCCUACACUCUACCCUACACUGUAUCCCACACUGUACCCUAAGCUGGACCCUACGCCAUACCCUAAGCCAUACCCUACACUGUAUCCCACACUGUACCCUAAGCCAUACCCUACACUGUAUCCCACACACCGCUUGACUUUUAACCCAGUUUGAGACUUUAUGUUGCUAUUUUAUGGUUUUUGUUUUGUAUUGAUUUAUUUAUUUUAUUUAUUUAUUUGUUGAUUGAUUCGUGUCAGUGUUCACUUUGUACUCAACCUGGUUGUUUUUAAAUGUGCUUUACAAAUAAAGUUGGAUUAGAUUGGAUUGAAGUAUAAAUUGGCGUUAAAGCCUGAUGUACACUUCUGCGUCGUGUCUACGCCGCGGCCUAAGAUGAAGGCCACGCACACCCGUGAGCAUUUAUACUUGUGCGUAGGUGUCUGUGUCACUCUGCAGUUAUGGCGGUGGGUUUCUAUGUUCCACUGUGGUGAUUUCUGCCGGUGAGCCGGCUAACUUUCCUCUAACUUGAAUGGGGGUAAAAUAAUAAUUGUGCAGCUCUUCUAGACUUUCCAAAUGUUAUUGACCAAUUGGAUCAAACUCUGAUAGUGAAACAUGUCGCGAGGGUUGUGAUCAGAGCUUGAAAUUAACACACGCCAAAUGCGGGUGGAUUUCGGCCGUGGCGGGUAACACAGUCACUCCCACUCGUCACUUUGGUGUGUUUAAAAAUUGUAGUCUUUUCAAAAGGUAUCUGAAAUAACAAAUUGCAAUUUGACACUACAACUCCCAUGAGUACAGGAGAACAACCUUUCCAGAGUUAGUUCUAUUUUAUAAUAAAAGUAGUCAUGCCCUGUAGGAAAGCUUGAGAUGCGUUUGUACGGGAAUAAUCUGGACAAUAAAGACCAGUGAACUCGUUUCAGGUGGACGCAGUUACUCAGAGCUUCAUGAUGAGAAACAGAUGCAAAACAAACAAUCCAAAGUGUCCAAAACUGAUGCAGGCCUCCAUAAAGUUUUAACCCUGUUUCCUUAAUUGUGGAUUUUUUCUUAGACAAAAUAAUUUUCUCUUUGUUUCUAAUGCAGAUAAUUUUUCUACUCUGUAUUAUAGUAUUUAGUGCUGUUAUAAAUAAAUCAACAGCUCUUUCAGUCUUUACAAUGAGAAGCUACUAAAAUGUAAUUUUGGUGAAAACGUGUGGUGAGUAAAAAUGCUGUGUGGCUAGUAACUUUGGAAAACCACUGGCCACAUUGGCUCGUGAGCAAAAAAAGUUAAUAUCAAGCCCAGGAUGCUACCAAGCCGACCAAUCACAGUUCUUGCGUCUCUGUGACAUGUAGUUAGAUUUUUGGGGAGGUGAGCGUUGGGCUACGGCAUAAACUCGACGCAGAAGAAGUAAAAAUCAGGCUUUACAGUGUGGGAAUAAACCUGAGCGCCCUCUGGUGGACAGACGAGACGCUGGCGCUCGUUCAUGAAACGUCUUUUCAGAUUUUAACUUAAUGAGAAGAUAACCUUUUCUUAUUCCUGAAUGACGACACGAACACGUUGAGUGUUUUCAGUUGGUGAUCUCCUUGGUGUUAGAGGACGCUGUGAAAUCAGUCAUCAAUAUUAAUCUUGUUCCUUCUCAGAGUGAAGCGGAUGUACAGCGUUCAAGCUUUUUUCUUUCAGUACUGGAGGGGUCGGAGUGUCUCUUGCUGCCUUCAGAUGAUUCUUUUCAUUGUUGAUUAAUCUGCCAAGUAUUUAAAGUGUUUCUCAGAGUUCAACUUUCCAGCUGUUUAUCUGUACUUAGUGGAACUCAUCUGAUCGUGUGAAACUUUGCGUUUUCAGGACGUCUCUGCGCUCACAUGAUUCAUUCUUUGUCCCUAUUUAUUUUAUGCACAAAGAAAAUGCAACGUAUUUAUAAAUUUCAUUGUCUGUGGAAACAGUUUUUUGUUUUUUAUUGAUAGCCUCUUUGUAUGUUUUGUGAAAAACUGAUGCAAAAAUCUGUUCUGAGCCUUAUUGAUGUUUUACUGAGGAUUUAAUAAACCUCUGAUAUAAACAGCGUCUGUCCACUGAUUCACUUUAUCGAACAGCUGUCUGCCCUUCUUCAGUCUGACUGAAUAUGGAGCCACAUUUAUAUAAUAUGAGAUAAUCCAAACAUUGUAGACACAACAGUUCACCCAUCAAAUAAUCAAUGCAGACGUAGAAUCAGAAACAGAUAAAACGCGUUUUAUUCUGAGAUGUCACAUUUUCAUUGAUGUCUUUAUUAUGCUAGAUAUUUGUUGCUGAGUGUUUUAUAAAAGUUAAGGUUAUAAUGUGCACAAGUGACGAGAUGAUGAUGUGGAGGUCCAACAAGCAG